GAAACAUAAAAAAAUACGACGGGUCUCAAAUUGAUUCAACCGAAACUUCAGUGUCAAAUUCCUAGUUAAAAAGAUUAAUUAUGUCACAAAAUUUUCCCAAGACUGAUGAUAUCCCAUUGUAAAAAUUCCGAGGAAUAUGAGCUUAGGCGUGUUGCACGGUAUGUUUGUCAGUGCCGUGACAUUAGCGGUGGCUUGGGCGACUGCCGCAACAGCGCGUUACGCUGACUACUCUGGCGCUCGUAUGCCCUUCUACCAUGAAGACUAUCCCAACAGGGACUCCUUACCUCGCGACGAUUAUCCUGAGCGGUCACCCGAUGCUUCUGUACCUUUAGAUUAUAAAUAUGAAGAGCCAUCUAGCGGAAAAUAUGAGGAACCAACUGAAAACAGUGUUGGAGAAAACGACGCAUGGGAAAUCGAUAGAAAGAACAACCGACUCAUAGAUGAAGAUGAGGAUUACAAUCAUGAUAUAGAUAAGUAUUCCGAAGAGCGGUCUAAUCACCGCGUAGAAGACAGACCAUCCACCAAAGGAAAAAUGUUAAAGAAAGAUAAUCAUAACUUGUCUCAUCAAGGACGUCGACGAUUUACUAACUCUAAAAGUAGAUCACGUUAUUGGGACCAUGUGGAGGAUAACAGAGAUAUUGAAACAAGAAAUAAAAUAGAUAUUAGAAACAAGUUUAGGCCCAGAGGAGAAGUAAGGCGGGCGGGAAGAAGAAAAGCUCGUGAGAGAGAAGAUGUGACUAGCGAAGCUAUUUUCGAAGCAGACCGAAAUUUUGAGUCGGGUGAAACCAGUGAGGACGAGGCUCUUUCACUUCAAGGUAUACGAAAACGGGUGGGUUAUGAAAGAAGAAAAGAUGAUGGUAGUUUUAUUCCACAUCGUGAUUUGGGAUCUAUGGCAGAAAAAAGCUACCCCAACUACGAAGAGUAUUAUGAUAUGAAGAGAGCCCUUAACAUAAGAAAUAACCUACUUCCAAUUCCUCGAACUAAAGAAACUCAAGCAUCUUCAAGUACUACAAGUGUGGCAGAGCGCGAACUGUCGGCGGUGUUAAGCCGGCAUCAGCGCGCUGAAAUAGAAGAUCCGGGCGGGCCCACAUCCCGUGCUCUGGAUAUUAAUGGCCUGUUGCCCACUUUCCCUAAGGGGGCACUGGACUCGGAACAGCAGCAUGUCUGGAACGCCUUCGUACUUCACAAUCGCAGCUUCCGGAGUACUAUUUCUUCAUUACUGUUCGAUGAAGAGCAAUAA